AGGCAACUUCCGGCACAGCCCCGCCGAGAGUGUGAGCUAUCGCCGCGGAGGGCUAGACUUGGACCGGUGGAAGGCCGGGCGGAAGUGCGCGCCUGGGGCCGCUGUGGUUACCGCGUUUUCCUCCCCUCGCUACGUCAUCGCUGUGAGCCCGCUAUCAGCGGCUAGCGCGGGCGCGGCCGGAGACCCUGGGGCCCUGGUUGCCGCCCCCUCAGGAGCCACCAUGUUGGUGAUACCCCCCGGACUGAGCGAGGAAGAGGAGGCUCUCCAGAAGAAAUUCAACAAACUCAAGAAAAAGAAAAAGGCAUUGCUGGCCCUGAAGAAGCAAAGUAGCAGCAGUACAACGAGCCAAGGCGGUGUCAAACGCUCACUGUCAGAGCAGCCUGUCGUGGACACAGCCACUGCAACAGAGCAGGCAAAGCAGCUGGUGAAGUCAGGAGCCAUCAGUGCCAUCAAGGCUGAGACAAAGAACUCAGGCUUCAAGCGUUCUCGAACCCUCGAGGGAAAGUUAAAGGACCCCGAGAAGGGACCAGUCCCCACUUUCCAGCCCUUCCAGAGGAGCAUAUCUGCUGAUGAUGACCUGCAGGAGUCGUCCAGACGUCCCCAGAGGAAAUCUCUGUAUGAGAGCUUUGUGUCUUCUAGCGACCGGCUUCGAGAACUAGGGCCAGAUGGAGAAGAGGCAGAGGGCCCAGGGGCUGGUGAUGGUCCCCCUCGAAGCUUUGACUGGGGCUAUGAAGAACGUGGUGGUGCCCGGUCCUCAGCCUCCCCUCCCCGAAGUCGCAGCCGGGACCGCAGCCAUGAGAGGAACCGGGACAGAGACCGAGAUCGGGAGCGGGAUCGAGACCGGGACCGAGACAGAGACCGGGACCGGGACAGGGAUCGGGAUCGAGAGCGGGACCGGGACAGGGAUCGAGACCGGGAGCGGGAGCGGGAGCGGGACCGGGACCGAGACCGAGACCGAGAGCGAGACCGAGACCGAGAGCGAGAGGGUCCUUUCCGCAGGUCGGACUCAUUCCCUGAACGGCGAGCCCCUAGAAAAGGGAACACUCUCUAUGUGUACGGAGAAGACAUGACACCCACCCUCCUCCGUGGGGCCUUCUCUCCUUUUGGAAACAUCAUUGACCUCUCCAUGGACCCACCCAGAAACUGUGCCUUCGUCACCUAUGAAAAGAUGGAGUCAGCAGAUCAGGCGGUUGCUGAGCUCAACGGGACCCAGGUGGAGUCUGUACAGCUCAAAGUCAACAUAGCCCGAAAACAGCCCAUGCUGGAUGCCGCUACUGGCAAGUCUGUUUGGGGCUCCCUUGCUGUCCAGAACAGCCCUAAGGGUUGCCACCGGGACAAGAGGACCCAGAUUGUCUACAGUGAUGACGUCUACAAGGAAAACCUUGUGGAUGGCUUCUAGGGAACAGAGCUGGAUUCCUUGUGCCUCAAUAUGCCCCAAUGCUGAUCUCAGUAAAACACUGAGGUGGAAGCUUACACAUCUCCCUCAGCCUCUGGUUUUUCAGCACUUGGGAUUGGGGUUAAGCCUUUAAAAACGGCUGUCAGGUUUGAUCUCCGUAAUAACAUGGCCAGUGCCGGUUCCCCACUCCCUCGCCCCAAAAGGAUCUGGAAC